AUGUUUUUGGUGAUAUAAACCUGAGUGAUAUAUUUAAAAAUAACCGUUACAGUAUAAUUUAUCUAUACGCAGAAUGGAACACUGCCAUUUCAUUAAUAGUUUGCUUGACACGGGACUGUUUUUAAUUUCAAAUUCCAUCGACAUAAUAACGACUUGAUUUCCCAUCCACUAGCAACGAAACACCAACGAGUUAAAUUACCUUAUUUUUUACACUGAAACCUCUAAGGAUGUCUUCCAUGAUCGUCCCUGUAAUUGAUGUCCAGAAUGAUAACUUUAAAGAGCUCUGGCCAGCCAUGGUGUUGGCGAUCAGGACAUCAUCUUUCAUAGCGCUGGAUACUGAGUUAAGUGGUCUUGGAUCAAGAAAGGAUUUACUGGCACAAUGUAUUGAAGAACGGUACAAAGCUAUUUGCAAUGCUGCACGGACACGCUCUAUUUUGUCCUUGGGAAUCGCCUGUUUCAAAAAGCUUCCCGACAAGGCUCCUCACACUUACCUGGUGCAGGUGUACAACCUGACCCUGCUUUGCAUGCAGGAGUAUGUGAUCGAGCCGCAGUCCGUGCAGUUCCUGGUGCAGCAUGGCUUCGACUUUAACAAGCAGUAUGCCCAGGGCAUCCCAUACCGUAAAGGAAACGACAAGGGCGGUGAUCUGCAGAGCCAGAGCAUGCGAGCGCUUUUCCUGGAGGUGAUUCAAGCACGGAAGCCCCUGGUCCUUCACAAUGGACUCAUAGACCUGGUCUUUCUCUACCAGUGUUUCUACGCUUGGCUCCCAGAUCGACUGGGAACCUUCACUGCAGACCUGUCUGAGAUCUUCCCUGCUGGCAUCUUCGACACCAAACAUGCUGCAGAGUUUGAGGUGCGCUUCAUGGCCUCCUAUCUGGAAUACGCCUACAAGAAGUGUAAGCGAGAAAAUUUCAAAUCAGUAGAAGCAGGUGGACCUGGCCCCCACCUCUCCUUGGAGUUCUGCAACUACACAGAGAGGCUGUGUACCUACAUUGACUUCCGACAGUGCACAGAGGGGGGUGGGGAGAGAGAGACUGGUGAGGAGGGACCCCCUGCCAUCUGUAUGAAGUUCUCUGCAUAUGGCUGGUGCCCCAACGGAUCACAGUGCACUCUGUCUCACAACACGGACCUCAUCAUAGAGCAAGAUGAGCAGAAUAAGAAAAGUAAGGAUCGUAAGAGAAGUAGAAAGAACAAGAGGAAAUUCAAAGCUGCUCAGGAGGAGUCCAGGGCCCCCAAUGAGCCUGAAAGCAGCCCCCUGAACAAACAGCUGUGUGUGGAGGAUGAUAAAAUGCAGGAAGAUUGGGGAUCUGUGAAGGAGACAGCCUCUGCUGAUGUGGUGGAAAUCAUGAAGGAUGCACUACUAGCAGAAGUGGAGAGGAAGGAUAUCAGUGAUGAGCAAGUGGUUGAGGAAACACAGGAUUCAAAUGGGACAGAAAACAAGUGUGAGCCACAAGUGAUCUCAGGAAAUGAGACUGGAGAUCAGAAUGAUGUGGCGAUACCUCAAGGAGAAAAAGAAGGCAGCAAGGGGAAAGAGAAGCAGAAGGCGGCAGAGGGGGGGACGCACAGAGCUGGGUUUGAUGCUUUCAUGACGGGAUACAUCUUUGCAUACAUCACUACAUUGAAGGCAGGAGCGGAAACUGACCCAAGUUCAGGGGCAUGUCUGCCAGACUGCCUGAACAAAGUGUACCUCAGUGGGAAAUCAGUCCCCCUGCAGAUUGUAAAAAGCAGCUUUUCUAAGUCUUCAAAAGCCCACUCUCUCAAAAUGGCAUCAGUCUGGGGCAAGAGUUGAUCAAAGUAUAGGGGACAGAAAAUGCCAUACCUGUAUGUUUGAAACACUGCGAUUACCUUUCCAGGAGUCGUCGGUCCAUGAGGUUUAUUCUUGAUCUUAUUUUUGUGUUGAACGAGUUUUUCAUUUUAAAUAUAUUUUGUAAAUAAUCUUUCCAGUGUACAGACAGUUACACAUUUAUCUAAUGUGUAUUUGAGUUUUGGAUUUGUUAAGAAUCCAGUCUGAGGUUUAGUUUUCUUUUUGUUAAGUUGAUGCUAACAGGUUUUGAGUACAUAUUUCUAUUACAAAAUAAAUACUGGUCUAGUACUUUAAACUGGGAAUGUUUUGAUUUGAUUGUAUUCUCUACCACUAGGGGUCAUGCAGACAAAGGAGAAAAUUCAUUCUUAAUUGCAGGUUAAUGUUAGACAAUGUAAAUUUAGUUAAGUUAGUCCAAGGUUAGUGGUAUACUCCAGGAGCUGGUUUUUCAACAUUUUUUAUCUGGGUAACAGUGAGACAGAUUUUGUAAUCCUAUAUUUUGUGAUCGAAAUUACUUUAAAAAAAGAAACUGAUUUUGUAAUUAUUUGUAGUCUGGAUAAAUGUAAUCCAACAGUUACGUUUUCUGAAAAACCGGCUCACAACAAUCCAGAUAAAAGUAACAAAAUCCGGACUCACUAUUAUCCAGAUUACAAGUUUUGAAAAACCGGCCCCAGCACGAUGAAAGCUUCCUGCUGACUUCACUGGUGUUUGUUGAUAACUCUGUGUGUACAAAGCACCCUGAGAGCAAGAUGAAGUUUCAUAUAUUUAGUCGACUUCAUUUGAAGAAUUAAAUACAUUUUAAAAACAUUAUUAUGAUUUAAAACUUGUGGGGAAAACAUUUAUAUGUAAAAAAAUAAAAUAAUAAAAAAAGACCAUUAUGCAAAUAUUUAAU